AUGGGGCCUCUGCGGGCGUUGCUCCUCUCGGCCGUUGUGGCCAUUGUCUGCGCGGAAGAUGGGGACCAGGGAGAUGUCGACACCAAUUACAGCUACAAUGGGUCUUACGACGACAACGGAUCUUACUACGACUACAAUGGGUCCUACGACUAUAAUGGAUCCUACGACUACAACGGGUCCUACGACUACAAUGGGUCCUACGACUACAACGGAUCCGGACACGAUUAUGAUGGGCCUGGACACGAUUAUGAUUAUGAUGGACCUGGAUAUGAUUACAAUGCAUCCGGCGGCUACGGCUACUGUGCGGAGAUGAUGUGCACUAAGUUUAAAUACGACGAGAGCGGAGAGAUUGAUUGGUCAGCGGACAUGGAGACAACUUGCGCGUCCUACGAGGAGGGCUGUCCGUGCAACGAGGAGUGGGAAGUCUCCUGUGAGUCCUGGGGCUACAAGGUCUGCACACCCAAGUCCGAGGGGUGCUACGAUCCCUUCGAUACGACAUGUGACAAUGCUACCGAGUAUACUUGCCGAGACGAGUGGUCGGCUUACUGCUGGGACAAAGCAUGGGGGGCAUGUCCCAUCUUCUGCACGUCUAACGAGACGAUGUGCUACACCUAUGCCUACGAUGCAUCAGGAGAGAUUGAUUGGAUGAGCGACUACAACACGAGUUGUGCUCCACUGGCCGAGGGCUGCCCCUGCAAUCCUACCUGGGAGCAGAAAUGCACUGACGAAUGGGGAAGCUGGUGCACGUCGAAGCUGGAUUCGUGCCCAAUCUCAUGCGGCGACGAUGAACAGGUGUGCUGGUCAACUCCUUAUGGCAACGACGGCUAUCCAGAUUGGUCAUUGCCAGGAAAUCAGACAUGCCAGGGUAUGGACCAGCACUGCCCCUGCAAUUCUGAGCACGAGGAGCUCUGCGUGAUGGAGUGGGGGUCCUACUGCCAGUCGAAGGUCUACGGCAGUUGUCCGGUCUCCUGCACGGCCGACCAGUUGUACUGCUAUGAGACGCCGUAUGACGACAAAGGGGAAAUCGACUGGUACGGAACGUGGAAGGAGACCUGUGCAAAUGCCACGGAUGGAUGUCCUUGCCACCCUGAGUGGGAGAAAUCAUGUGGUUCGGGCUGGUGCAUGUCCAAGUUUGAGAAUUGCCCAGUGGAUUGCGGAGAAUUCGAGACCUGCUACCAUUACAUCUCCGGGAACGAGUCUUGUGCCACUGACAGUGGUUGCACGUGCGAAGACAACGAGCACGAAUGUAUGGAAGACGGGAAGCAACGCUGCUAUCCCAAGGACUGGUACAGCAGCUGUCCGAUAACAUGCAAGGCCACGGAAAUGUAUUGCUCUGAAAUAGGAUUCGAUGCCAAUGGUAUGAUGACUUGGACAGACACUUGCGAACCUCAGAAUGACGACUGGUUUUGCCCCGUCGUCUGCAAAGCCGACUCGGCGAAGAAGUGCGGCUCGGGUUUCUCUGCAUACUGCAUUGCUGCUUCAGACGAGUGUCCGCAGGAGUGUACCGACGAAGAGCAGGAGUGCUGGGUCACGGACUUCGAUGCAAAAGGUAAUUGGUUGUCUGCCAAAGACAAGUGCGCGCCAAAAGGGCAGGAGUGUCCCUGCGGAGAGAACAGCGUUAGAUGCAGCUCAAAUGGCUUCUCCUAUUGCGAGGCAACAUACUACGGUUGCCCGAUAGAGUGUACAGCAGACCAAAAAAUCUGCUAUCCGGUAUCAUACACGCCGGAAGGCGACUAUGAUUGGGAUGCUCCUAUCAACGAAAGCUGUGUGGCACAGGACAAGACGUGCCCUUGUGGCGCCAAUGCGAAGCUUUGCAAGUGGACGGACGACUUUGGUGCCGAAGAGGAGUACUGCAUUCCAAGCGCGGAAUCCUGCCCGGUCACCUGCUCCAGCAGCCAAGAGAAGUGCUUCAAGUCGGACUACAACGCAACGGGCUAUCCGACGAGCUUCAAGGAAACUUGCGUUCAGAAGGGGACGCCAUGUCCGUGCGGCACGCAUUCGCAAAAAUGCACGGAUCCGUUCUUCGGAGAUUCCUAUUGCUACCCGAAGUGGGAUUUCUGGAGCAAUGUGCGGCUGGACUGUCCGGUUUAUUGCAAGGACACCGAGAACACGUGCUACAUUCCCAGCUAUGAUGCGAAGGGAGAUUGGAUCAGCACGCAGGAAAUCUGCGUGCCUCAAAACCAGCGCUGCGACUGCUCGAAGGGCCAAAACGCCUUUGAGUGCAACUUUACCGAGUCGUGGGGAACAUGGUCGGAAUGCUUGCCCUUGGCUGGUGGCUUCUGCCCGAGCACUUGUCCAGCUGACGAAGUGCCGUGUCCACAGGUCGAAGAUUUCAUGCCAGAUGGAACGUACCUGGGCCUUGCGUCGCCCUCCAAGAAGUGUGCCGCCAGCCUGGCCGAGUGCCCUUGUGGCAAGCAAGCCGAACGCUGCCCGGGAACGGCGGGAUGUAUCAGCAAGAGCGAGGGGUGCCCGAUCACCUGCAAAGCGGGGGAAAAGAAGUGCUAUUUGACAGAUUUCACAGACGGUGGCGACUUCAUCAGCGACCGCGAGGUAUGCGUCGCGGCCGAUGCUUUGUGCCCAUGCGGGAAGAACACGGUCAAAUGCCCUGGCGAAGAUGUGUGCUUGCCGAAGGAUGUAGCCGAUGUUAUUUGCCCCUGCAAGGAGUCACAAACGACUUGCAGUGUCGUGGACUUCUCAACCACAGGCCAAGUCACCGGAUUUUCGACAGCCUGCGUUGCACCGGGCAACCCCUGCCCCUGUGGCAAGAAUUCCCUCAGCUGCCCUGAUCCGAACGAUGCCAAAGCGCUGAUCUGCACAUCGAAGUUCAGUGGAAAGCUGACGACCACCUGCCCACGACCCUGCACUCCUGAAGCCGAACAAGCAGGCAACAAAACUUGUAUCCAGACUAAUUUGGACAAGUCCGGCAACUUUGAGUCCGAGACAGUGAGCUGCUUCAAAGAAGGUUCUUGUAAGCCGGGGAAGAACAUGAAGAGGUGUCCCACUGGAGCUGUAAUUGCAAGUGCUCGUGCUUGCCAAGAUUUGUAUGGCACCGGGGGCAAGAACACUACGGCUGUCAAUGAAAAUCAAAAGCAGACUUCAAAAAUUAUCUUGACCUUGGAAAGUGCCACCCAGAACGCGGUUGCAAAUGCCGAAACAGCGCGAGUGACCCUCAACAGUGUGUUGCAGUUGCCAGCAGGAUUGACAACAUCCGUUGCCGUGAAAUCUGGUGGGUCUGGCCGACGGUUGUCAACAUCCUCCACCAAGCUUGUCUAUACUGUCAGCAACACAGGAAGUACCGGUGUCGCCCCAUCAGCAGUGGGAGAACGCUUGAAGAACAUGGCCAAGAGUGGCAGCAAGGAGCUUGCAUCUGCUACGUCAACCGUCGGCAAAGUCAACGCAAAGGCAGCCGUCCCUCUGGACACAUCUGUCACCGCUCGCACCAGCCGGUCGAAAGCUGUGGAGGAACAGCGGAAGCAGCAGGCUGGAAUAACCACAAGAACGACGACUACGACGACGACCACCACCACCACGUCGGGAGCAUCGGGUACCACGACAACGACAACGACACAAGCGAACAAUGAGACCACUGAAACGACCACAGGUGGCGACGACAGCGCUCUUAUCGAUGGGAGUGCGCUGUACCGACUUGGGAGCAUGCCGCAGGCCAAGUCCUGGUGGCGGCCGGCCUCUGGGUCGUCUUUAUCUUCUUUGGCGGCCUGUGCCUCGCAGGGCAUCUACAUGCUACAGAGUAUCACCUUCGUGCACCGCUCCAUUGUGGGCUUUGUCGAUCCGCUGCUCCACGCCUUCGAGAUGCUGGGCACUCUCAUCUCCCUGAUCGAUGUGGCCUCUCGAUGGGCGUAUGUGUGCUGCGAUGGCUUCCGGCAGUUGAUGGUUCACAGCUUCCGGGGAGCACUUUUCGUUGACUGCCUUGUUUGCACUGCGACGGUUGGUUUAGGAAUCUCUGCUGGACCUCCAGGAGAAGAAAAGCGGACAUGGUGGUCGCUGUCGUUUCUGGCAAGCACGCACGUGUUCCGCUGCUUGUCGUGCCUCUCCAGAGCGGACACCAGCAAGAGCCAGGACAACUUCAAAAGGCAAAUCGCCUAUGUCUCGAUGACAGUUCUCAACGGCAUGUUCUUGUUCGCGGCCAUCAUCAUGACGCUCGAGAUCCUGGGGCCACAGCCAGGCAGCAUCGCGCAAGACCGGCUGCCUGGCGUGGAGUAUCCGUGGACAAUGUCCGAUGGUCUCGUGUGGUCAGUCUCUCUGUUCACGCUGCUGGGAAACAGUGAGCGGACCCCGAGCUGCUCGAUUGGCCAGAUAGCUGCCGUCUUCGGUUUGGGUGUCGCCAUUUACCAGAUGGCCAGGAUAGUGCCUGUGGGCCUCAAUGCCUUGACAGGGAAAGCGAGCUUCGUUGGGCGAUAUCCCAUCGAGAGCAGGCAACACCGAAGUGAUGGCCACACCAUCGUUACUGGCAGCCCGACCGCGAAGACUCUGAUCGAGUUUCUGUUUGAGUACUACCAUCCAAACCACUUCGCGGGUGGUUUGGACUUCGAGCGCGAGGCCCGCGAUGUUGUGGUAUUCCUCGAGGAUGCCAAGGUACUGUCCCACCUGCGAAGGUUGCUUGACCUCAAGGACGCCUCCAUGUUUCGAAGCCGAGUCUUCCUUAUCAAGGGAGAGACUUUCCAGCCGGCGGACUGCCGCAGAGUCGCUGCGGCUUAUGCAAAGACCGCAGUGAUCCUGCCGAACAUGAUGACGUCCGAAGUGGACAGCGACGAUCAGGCAAACAUUAUGCGCACGUACGCCAUUUGCGCAGCUGGAAGCAAGAUCCGCGCAACAUGCCUUCUUCACAGUGCUCAGCACCGAGGGUCUGUCCUGUCUGGCUCUACGCCCAACUCUUAUUUUGUCAGCGUGGACGCCAUCAAGAUGGGCCUCUUGGGAAAGGCAUGCAUGUUUCCUGGGGCCAUCACGAUGAUCAGCAACCUUUGCGUCUCUGUUGGCGAGGGCACCGAUGUCAUGUACCGCACGCGGCGGCACUGGCUUUCCGACUACGAGCACGGACUUGGAAAUGAGCUCUACGAGGUGCCGCUUUCCACGGGAUACAGCGGCUACACAUUCAUCGACGCAUUUGAGGACGUGAUGGUGCGGUCCAAGGGCAGCACGUACUUGAUCGGCAUCACCGACACGGUGCCAUUGAACACCAGUCGUGGCCAUGCAAAAGGUGAAAGGGAGGUUCUGAUUAACCCCGGUCCGGACUUCGAGCUCAAAGUGGUCGAGGGGCGCACAGCUGGGGUCUUCAUCGCCCCGGAGCUUGACAAAAUCGAGCAAGUCCCGCCUGGGGAAGAUCCGAAGAUUUCGCGAGCGAAGAUGCCUCGGCGUCUGCCGCUUUUCGAGAAGCAGCAGCAGAAGGUCCUGGCUGGGAAGAAGAAGAAGGACGAUAUGCUGCCUUCGCUGAGGCAACUUGCAGAUAGCCAGACAGGCGAAGCAUCUGCCAACAUCGCAGACUUUGCGCAGGCAGAGGAGAAGGAUCGAGCAAGGGAGGUGGAUCAGCUCAAGGCAGAGAUGGAUGAGCAGUACGAGGACAUCAUGCUCAGGGUCAAGAAGAGGUUCUUGGAGAAAGGACUUCAUCCCGAUCUCAUCGGUUCCGCGACGAACACGGAGCCCUACAAGAGAAAGUUUCCGCGCCGCAACCUCGUCAACAAAGAGGAGGACCUUGGCUCGGAUGGUGAAGCGGAGGGCGAGUCCAAGAAGCUCCUCGGCAAGGCGGCGAACGAGGCGCUGGACAAGAUGGAGAAGAAGAAGCAGGAGCUCGAGAAGCUCGAGGCUCUGCUGGACCGUUGCCGUCGUGACGCUAUGGGAGAGCGCAGACCCCCCAAACAUGUGCUAAGCACCGGAGGACACAUCCUGGUCUGUUUCGUGAGUGACACGGAAGUUAGCAGCAUCGCCGUCGGCAGCUCCAAACUGACCGGUGCGCCUGUUGGCAUCCACAUGUUCAUGAAGGCACUCAGAGACGACCGGUUGGAGCUGAACCAGGGCAGCCAGCCCACUGUCGUGUUCAUGGGCGAGCUUCAGCCCUCAGACUGGCACGAGAUCUGCCACAUGGAAAGAGUUUAUUUCGUCUCUGGCUCGGCCCUCCGCUGGUUCCUCAAAGAGGAUCGUCUUAGCGGUGCUGCGACCAUGUGGGAAGGGAGUCAUAGACGCCAGGCAUUAGAUCAUUAG